UUGCAUUUUGCAUAUAUUGCUAGCAAGAUACAUUCAUUCAACGAGAUCAAAACAGAAGCAUAUUUCUGGAUAGAUACGAAUGGAAGAAGAGGCUGGUGCAGUUUCAUUAGGAGGGUCUCUCCCAGUACCUUCUGUCCAGGAACUCGUUAAAACAGAGCAGCUCAAGGCCGUUCCAUCGCGAUAUAUUCGUCCUGAUCAAGACCCUAUCGAAUCCAAUCCCAAUGCAUCUUUGCAAAUCCCAGUAGUUAACUUGGAUCUCUUAGUUGCUGGAGAUUUGGAGAACGCGAGUAAACUAGACCUUGCGUGUAGAGAAUGGGGUUUCUUCCAGCUGACUAACCAUGGGGUGAGCAAGGAAUUACUUGAUAAAGUAAUCAGAAGCACAAAAGAGUUCUUUGAAAUGCCACUGGAUGAGAAGAAGAAGUUUCCGCAAGCAGCAGGAGAUCUUGAGGGAUAUGGACAAGCUUUCGUGGUCUCGGAGGAGCAGAAGCUUGACUGGGCCGACCUGUUUUACGUUGUCACUCUUCCGGUUCGUUACAGGAAGCUUCACUUGUUUAACAAAUUCCCUGUCCAAUACAGGAUUGCCCUUGAGGCUUACUCGGUGGAACUAAAAAGCAUUGCGAUGAAGCUUGUAAACGCAAUGGCAAAAAGUCUGAAAAUGGAUCCUCAGGAAAUGAUAGACCUGUUUCAAGAUGGCACUCAGUCAAUGCGAACAAAUUACUAUCCUCCAUGUCCCGAACCAGAUAAGGUCAUCGGCCUUGCAUCACAUUCUGAUGCUGUUGGCCUAACAAUCCUCCUUCAACUUUCUGAUACCGAAGGCCUCCAGGUCCGGAAGGAUGGCAAUUGGGUUACAGUCAGACCAUCGCCUUAUGCUUUUGUUGUUAACAUCGGAGACAUUUUGGAGAUUAUAACUAAUGGAUCCUACCGUAGCAUUGAGCAUAGAGCCAUCUGUAACUCGGCUGAAGAGAGGAUCUCCAUUGCUACCUUCCUGAGCCCCUUGAUGGAACAAGAAUUCGGCCCUGCAGCUAGCCUUAUCGCGAAUGGAGCUCGUCCUAACUUUCUGAGAACGACAACUGCAGACUACUACAAGGGAGUGUAUGCUCGGCAGCUUGGUGGGAAGAGUUAUCUGGACACUGUUAGACUUUAAAUCAUAUUAUCGCUAAAUAAAUUUUAUAAGUUGAGGUCUAGUAAGCCUCAGUGAAUCUGUUAGUGUUACAACAACAAAAUUGGAGUUACAUGAGGCAUGUGUUUUUCUAUAAUAA